AUGAUGUCUGGUGGCAUGCAACAACAAAGACAGCCGCACGUCUCUAGGGCCUCGUGGCUUUUUAAACAGGCGGAGUGGAGGUUUGCGUGGGACCGACGAUUCUUUGUUCAGGAUGGUCUGCGUCUGGCGUACCGUGUGGGGGAGAAUGAGGCGGAGAAGAAGGCCGGCUAUGUCAUCUCCCUACAGCGCAUGGUGGAACCGCCGGAGUCGCAUAAGUUUCGUGUGUGGCUGAAGGAAGGAGAAUGCUGGACACUCCGAGCUGAAACGGAGGAGGAACAUCAACGGUGGACAAGUAGCAUCGCUGCCGCUCUGAUGCAGGACGCGGCGGAAGAACUCCAUGAUGUGCGUGAAGGCUUUGUUCUGAAAAAAGGGGCUUGGACGGGGCAAUGGAGACAGCGGUACUUGGAGCUGGAUGAAUACCGUUUGGCCUACAGAAUAAAUAAAGAGGGUGAGGUGCGAAAUCGCUUUGUUAUUGUGUCCGCCGAUGCAUCCGGUGAGGAGGGCAGGGAGGAGGAGCUUCUUGUAGCAACAAGCUGUGGGGAACAGUUUUGGCUGAAGUUUGCGAGUAAAGAGCAGUUUGAUGACUGGACAGGCGUGAUCAUGCGAGGGCUGCGAGGAACCACUUCAUGGCAUUGGAAGACGCUUCUCUCCUCACAGUCUUCUGAAUAUGCUUCAGUUCGUGUGCAGUAUCACGCCAGCGGCGCCGGCAAUGGCCCUUGUGUGUACUGUUACGGUGGUACGUACACCCUGUCGUCGCGUCGGUAUUUUGAGGCAUCGAAGGUAUUUUUACCGGAUAUACGCCGAGUGAAUGUUGGAAAACAACUCUCUUGUGUCCGACUGACUGGGGAACACAAAUGCAUCUCCCUCGAUAUCCUCCCUUAUGAGGAGGGUCCACACGCCAAACUGCGGCCACCGCCCUUAUUUGGUGCGGCCUUAUGUGUGCUUAGAUCACCGAGCGAAUCGUCAUCUUCACCGGUAUUGUCUAAUUUUUACUCCUCGACUCCACCGCUGGAGUGUCUGUUGCUUGUAGGAGGCCGUAGCGAAACAUCUGUUUUUCGCGACGUCACAGUUGAUGUUUGGUGGUGCGUACUGAAGGGCCGCUCAUCCCGGUGGCAGCGGUGCACUUACGACGCAAAUGUGCUUCCAGGCCGCACCUUUCAUACUUUGACCGCAGUAAGUUCAAGGUCGGCGGUGCUCAUUGGUGGCUUAGACAGCAUGAAUCGUGUUUGCGCGGAUUGCUUUCUUAUUUUUUGGCCUGAAGACGAGACCGAGGCCUUUAUUACGCCUCCAGUUGUGAAGUUUUUUUGUUAUCUGCCAGAGCCACGUGCUUUUCACGUUUGCCUGGCGCUGCGCGACGUUUUGCUUUUACUUUUUGGGGGUCGUGGUCUUCGCGAGGCUGCGCCAUGCAGUUCUUUGUUUGUGUCCUUGAGCUCAGAGUCAGAGUGGCGGGAAUUGACAGUAGAGCCGCCUUUGCCUGUGAUGAAUCAUGUGUGUGCGGAGGUGGUUUUUUCUUCUAGUGGGGAGCAAUGGGUUUUUGUCCUGGGGGAGACAUGCACGUCGUACCCAACACUGAGACUUUUUCAACUGUCAGUGCAGUCCAAACUUGCCGUCUCGAGAGAAGUCGCAAUUACAGUUGGUGACAUCCCACGGCGUUGUUGUGGGGCAACGAUGCACCAUGCAGGGGGGUAUCUUUAUCUCAUAGGUGGCUGCUAUGAUGGCAACCAACGCAAUGAUCAGGGUCAAGCGGUGUUUUUUCGGGAUCCUAUCCGUAUGCUCAUUGGCGAUAGCGAAGGAGGAGGCCCCGUCACAACUCACCGGCAGUGA